AUGGUGGAAAAUUCUAACGACUCCUUCCAGCUUGAACUGGAGGACUACAUCAGAGAUCAGAAGGCUAGAGGACUGCAACCAAAUGUCUGCUUUAGAAAGGCAACAGAAAAUUCUGUGAACAGAGAAGAAGGUCAUGGUGGACAUAGGCCACUCAUGCCAGAGCAGAGACUCUUCUUCAGGAGGCCCCCCAACUUUCCUAGUACCUACACAAAGCUGAAAGCAGUGGAAAGCCAGCUACUUCAUUGUUCCAAAAUGUAUGACUUGAGACAAAGAAUGGAAUACAUAAGCUAUUGUCAGAAAAACCAAGACCAUUUCUUCAGUAGCACUUGGCCUGCAGGCCUGAACAUGCAAGGAAAGAUCUCUGGCUCCCACAGAGCUUCACAACACAAGGGAAACUCCAGCAUCUUCUCAGAAGAACACUCCAACACCUGUCAGGCAGGUAGUAAGGAGAAUCACCAGAAAAGAGGAUAUGAUGAGGUGGAAGAUCAUCCAGAGAAGGAGCAAAUCUCGAGGAAGAGGAGUCAAUAUGGAAAUGGAGAUUGUCACAGACAGCACAAGAGAAAGGCCAGCACAGAUCCAGCCAGGACAGAGAAGCACAGGGAGAAAGACAGCACAAAAGCAGCAAGAGGGUCCCACAGAAAGAAGAAGGAGGCUGGCAGAGAAAGCACAGAGGAAAGGGACCUAUGGGAUGAAGCUAUCCUUGGAGGCAGCUACUGA